GGCGGAAAACAGCGUUGUGUCGAAUGGCGGCGUGAGGCGGUUUGCUAACGAGCGGUGGUUCUGCUGAAGGUGUUCAGAAUAACCGGACGGUUUUUUAUAAUCUGGAUCUUUCAGGACGAACACUCGGAGGCAGAGCCCGGAACAAACCUUCAAAUAAAGAGACGUUGGGCUGAGUCUUUUCGGCCUCCUCCAGCUGCUGAUUGGCUGUUUGAGCUGAUUGAAGCUGCUGAUUGGCUGUUUGAGCUGAUUAAAGCUGCUGAUUGGCUGUUUGAGCUGAAUAAAGCUGCUGAUUGGUCCAGGUGGGAUGGCGAAGAGGAUCGCUGAUAAAGAGCUGACGGACAGGAACUGGGACCAGGAGGAAGAGGGAGAGGAGGCCGGGACGUUUUCAUUGGCGAGUGACAAUGUUUUGAAGAGUCGAGCGAUAAAGAAAGCCAAGCGCAGAAACACAGGAGGCGAGAGCGAAGGGGGCGGAGCUUUCAGAGGAUUCAGAGGGUUCUCUCUAACGGCUGCGGCAGCCAGUCCGACUCCGUUCUCCGGGUUUGGGAACGCCGGAGGCUUCAAGGGUUUUGGAGGUCUGACCAACGGGACAAGCAGCGCUCCGUCGUUCGGAGGUUUCUCUUCUCCAACGGCUGCAGCUGGUCUGACGUUCAACGGGCCCUCCUCCACCCCGCCCACAGCUGACGUGGGCCCCCAGCAGACCAAUGGCUCCGCCCCCAGCCCCCCUCCGAGCCACAGGGAGUUCAGGCGGCAGCUCACAGCCCUGAACUGCUCCGUGAGGGACUGGAUCAGCAAACACGUCGACGACAACCCUCUCUGUGACCUGCACCCCAUCUUCAGGGACUACGAGCGCCAUCUCGCCAGCAUCGAGCGGCAGUAUGGAGCCGGCGCCGCUGACGGGGGCUCGGAGGAGAAGAAGCCCCCUGCAGCCACUCCUCCUUCAUCCUCCUCCAGCAGCUCCUCGACUCCAUCAGCUGCUUUGUUCUCCUUCAGUAAAAGCACCACUGAGGACUCGGCUCCGAAAAGCUCCGGCGCUGCUCCAUCCACCGCCGGCGUCACGUUUAACUUCGGUCAGAAGGUGGACAGCUCCGUCCUGGGACCGUUGGGGUCCAAACCUGCCUCCUUCUCCUUCUCCACCUCCAGUAAGACCCCCCUGUUUGGGGCUCCAGGGUCCACCACCCAGCUGUCCUUCACUGGGACCAAAACCGAAGAGGUUCAUCCUGCAGGCGAGAACGGAGACGAAGAGUCGGAGGAGCCGCCCAAACCGGAGGUGAAGGAGGUGAAGGAGGACGACGCGUUUUACUCCAAGAAGUGUAAACUGUUCUACAAGAAGGAGGCGGAGUUUAAGGAGAAAGGUGUGGGGACGCUGCACCUGAAGCACACUGCCGACGGGAAGACCCAGAUGAUCGUUCGCGCCGACACAAAUCUGGGGAACAUCCUGCUGAACAUCAUCGUCCCGCCCUCCAUGCCUUGCUCACGGCUCGGGAAGAACAACGUGAUGGUGGUCUGCGUCCCCAACCCCCCCAUCGACGACAAGAACCCCGGCACCCACAUCCCCCUCCUGAUCCGGGUCAAAACCGCCGAGGAUGCCGACGAGCUCCACAAGACCCUGGACCAGAAGAGAGACUGAAGCCCGGUCCUCCUCGCAGCCACGUGUCUCCUGGUCGCUCAGGUGUCCAGACUCGUGCGGACCCGUCCUGUACC